AUGGUUGUUGUCGAUAUGAUGAGGCCUGAGGCAGAUGUUUAUUUUAUGGUGGGAUCACCCAGGGCGAAUAUGCUGAUCGGCAUAUGCGGUGGUAAGUACAAGGAUAUCUCAAGGCUAUCAAGCUGCAUAUGCGCAGGGAAGCAUGCCAUCGCCGAGUAUCUUAUCCGCGAACAAGGGUUUGAGCUCCUCCAAUUAGCAAAUAAAAACCCCUUACACAUAUCGAACGAACCGAGGGAUCCAGUACGCCUAGAAGACUCCGAAAGGGAGAGCUUGCCGAGUCGCAAAGACGAAUUCGUUUUCGAUACCGUCGAUUCACUACUCGAAUUUGUUACAAAACGAUGGACAGGUCGAUGGGUGACGACGGAUAUCUGGGAUCACACAACCCUAGACAGACUUUUACAAAGGCCAUUCUUCUUGCUUGUGAGCGUAGAUGCUCCUGUCAGCUUGAGAUGCCAACGCUUUCGAGAUAGGUGUUCGCGCCAAAAAAUAAAUCCACCGGAUCUCGAAGAAUUUGUUAUGUGGAAUGACCGGCAUCUAUACGAUAGGGAGAUCGGUCGAGCGUAUCUUACAGAUAGAGCACAGGUUCGUCUAUUCAAUGCUUCGUCAUCAUUAGAAGAGUUACACGCAGCUCUGAAGAAUCUGGAUCUGUCGAACAACGAGCGCCUACGGCCGACGUGGGAUCAGUACUUCAUGCAACUGGCUUCUCUUGCCGCGCAGAGAAGUAAUUGCAUGAAGCGACGAGUGGGAUGUGUCAUUGUCCGAGACAAGCGCGUUAUCAGCACCGGAUACAACGGGACUCCACGCAAUAUAACGAACUGCAACGAGGGAGGAUGUCCCCGGUGUAAUCGCGGCGAGGGCGGCGGCGCCGGCCUGUCGACAUGCCUGUGUAUCCACGCCGAAGAGAACGCUCUUCUAGAGGCCGGAAGGGAGAGGAUAAGGGAAGGCGCGAUAUUAUAUUGCGAUACGUGUCCUUGUCUGACAUGCACUGUCAAAAUAGCGCAAGUCGGGAUUUCCGAAGUCGUGUACUCGAAGAGUUACAAUAUGGAUAAAGAGAGCGCGGCAAUUCUCAGCGCUGCUGGUGUCAAGCUUCGCCAAUUUUCUCCGCCUCCAAACGGACUAACAUAUCUCCAACACCCUGAGCACUCUAAGACACUGCCAAUACUGUAAAAUAUGCGACGAGCUAGUGGUUUGUCCUGUUGCGCCAUUGUAGCUUGUUGCCAUUUCGAGGAGAUGAGAGGCAUAGACAAAUCUCUUCAAAAGAAUGAAAAACAAAUCACAUCUUUC